AUGUCCAUCAUCAAAGUCUUUACAGGUUGUUUUAAAGAUACGUUGGUCCAAUUGAUGAGAUGUGCAGCUAUUUAUGAUUUCUCAGAUCGAGAUUUAUUGAACCCAACACCUGAAAGAUAUAAACGAAUCUUAAGUGGAUUGAUUAAUUUUGUUUUGUUUGAAACUGAACAAGUUCCAUUAGUCUUAAAUCCAUUAGAAGAAUCUUUAAAUGAUUUACAAAACCAACGUGAUGAACUUUUGGAAAGGAUUUCGAAAUCUAGGAAAGAUAAUUCUGAUUUAGAUCGGAAACAUGAAGAAGAAGAAAGGAUUGCGGGUGAAUUGAUUCCACAGAUUGAGGGAUAUAAAGCUACGAUUUUGGAGUGUAAAGAUAUGACAGAUCCAUUGGAACAGAGAAGAGCUGAAUUAUUGAAUACAAGAAGAACGAUUUGUGAACAAAAUCGUAAUGCAGUAACCGAAGUCCAAAGACUAGAAAACGAAAUUAAUAGAUUAUCAACCCGAAUAGCCAGAUCACCCGAAAAAGUAAAAUCAGCCAUUGAAUCAUUACAAAAAACGCUAAGUUCGGAAUUAAGUUCGAUUGCUUCAUUAGAAUCGAAUUCACAUUAUUUAGAAAGAAGAAUUAAAUCGAUUGAUCAGUAUCAAAAAGAUUUACUUCAAUGUUUGAAAUUAGCAGAUGAAUGGGAAAUCGAAACUCUUAAAGUUGAAGAAGUUAAGAAAACUUUGAAUUCACUUAAUGAGGAGUAUGAGAGUAAGGUUUUUGAAUUGAAUGAGAUUGAAAAAAAAUCAUCUCAAGCACAAAGAAGAACUGAAGUGAUGCAAGAACAAAUCUCAAGAGUCCAUUCAGGUAUCCAUCGAAAAAGAAAAGCCGGGAUCGAAAGACAAACGAAAACCCAAGAAAAACAUUUAGAAGAGAUUGAAUUCCAAACCGAAUAUGAAAAAGAAUCUCAAAUCUUAACGAAUGAGAAGAUGAUGUUGAUCUCAGAAGAUAAAGAUUUAGCAGAAGAUUAUAUUAGAAGUAUGAAGAAAGGUCAAGCGGCUUAUGAUACGCUUAGGUCUGAACUUUUGCAUUAUUGUAUGAAACAUACUACUGCACUUACAGCUGUGGAAAAUAAACUUCAAAAUAUUUCACUAGGGAACGGGGGUCAUCCAACAGAUUAA